AUGCUAGAUCCAAGAAAUGAUCUGCUACCUCCACCCUCAUCCCCCACCAACUCCUCCAUUUCUUCUUCCGAUCUCGACACCGAGUCUACAGGCUCAUUCUUUCACGAUCGAAGCACGACCUUAGGAACCCUAAUGGGAGUGAGCUUUCCAGCCAUCACGUUCAGAGCCCCGAGCCAACAGCGCCGAGACCCCCAAGCCAACAGCAACAACAACAACAACAACAACAUGGCCAGUACUAGCGGAAGCGGCUCCAGGAAGACCAAGAAGCCCAAGAAGAAAAACGCCGCUGCUUCGUCAGCCGUGGGUGUGGUGGCUGAACGGCGGCGCAGGUGGUGGCGCCUAUGCCGAGACGACUGCACGAAGCCGGCUUCGCUCGGCGAGUUUCUUGAGGUGGAGAGGAGAUUCGGAGACAAUGCGUUUUAUAACACGGCUGCGGAGCUUGAAGGGGUCAUGGUGGGGCAGCCCAGAAAUGGACGGCUACUGUUUGCCGAUGGGAGGGUGCUUCCACCGUCCAAUGUUGAUGACCGGAUUGCCACUUCAUCCACGGCUGGGGUUCUCUCUAGAUUCCCGGUUUCGAUCACUGCCAUCUGUAGUGGCGGUGUAGCAUGA